AGACAACAAGCAGAAACGUUGAAAAAACUGAAUGCAGAUAUAUUGGCAGGUUCCAGUGCAGACUAUAUAAAAAUCAUUAAAAAUAUAAUAGGCAAAACGGGGAUUAUUAAAUCUAUUGAGGGUAUUUUCGAAAGGAGUCUUAUUGUUCAGUUGAACUACGAUGGCAUUCAUUCCAAAUACUCCUUAAAGGAAUGCAAGGGGUUAAUCGACUGCUUGUUUGAGGCAUCAAUGAAAGAAGGAUAUUCCCAUGGCGAGUUUGUUAAAGACUUGCGACAAGCUUUAAAACUGGCGAAAAAUCGUCAUUUUAAAACAAACUCCAUAUUAAAAUCUAAAAAAUAA